AUGCCUCCCACCCCGCAGGAAAAUGCCCUCUCCCAGGAUGCAUCUUCAUCAUCAGAAAAAGAGACAAUAAAUCUUAUGUCCCCACACCGAACUCAUUCUCUCACUCCCAAAUCCUCACCUUCAAAAAAAAAUCAAUUCUCCCACCCCCUUACCCAGUCAACUCUCCCAUCCCCUCUACCAUCAACACCUUUCAAAAGACGAAGAAGCUCCUUGUUGGGAGCCUCCUCUGGACGCUGUUGCCUAUACCAAUGGUCUCCGUGCCCGUCCCCCUGCUGCCUAGCCCUCUCUGGACGCUGUUGCCUAUACCAAUGGUCUCCUUGCCCGUCCCCCUGCUGCCUAGCCCUCUCUGGACGCUGUUGCCUAUACCAAUGGUCUCCUUGCCCGUCCCCCUGCUGCCUAGCCCUCUCUGUUGACUAUAUCAAUGGUCUCUUUGCCCGUCCCCCUGCUGCCUCGCCUCUUCUGGACGCUGUUGCCUAUACCAAAGGACUCCUUAUCCCCCCCCUGCUGCCCAGCCUCUUCUGGAUGCUGUUGCCUAUACCAAUGGUCUCCUUGUCCGUCCCCCUGCUGUCCGGCCCUCUCUGGACGCUGUUGACUAUAUCAAUGCCUCUUCUGGGCGCUGUUGCCUAUACCAAUGGUCUCCUUGCUCGUCCCCAUGCUGCCCGGCCCUCUCUGGACGCUGUUGUCUACAUCAAUGGUUCUCUUAUUCACUCCUCUGUUGUCCGGCCAUCGUUAGUUUCUGUUGCCGAUAUCUGUGAUAUCUUGUUAACUAUGAUACUGCCCAUCUUCCUGUGUAUACUGCUGCUCAUAUCGAUGUUUUACCGUACUUGUUGCCCAUGUUGCCCAUGUUGCCGACCGUGCUGCUGCCCAGCAUCCACUAUGUAUCGUCAGGAAAAUGCCCCAAACAGACAGUGA